AUUGUUGAUGCCAAUAACAUUGCCAUGGAGAGAAACUCAAGAAAUUCAGGUAGCCGUGGUGCCUCUUUCACGAACAACAUUUCUUUUCGUCAGUGUGGAAAUACGGAAGUAUACCAUAAAAAUCAGAGACAUCGGCGGAGCUCUAAAGUUCUGAAAUGGCACAAGGACAACCUGACCUGGGGUGUUGUUAGAUACUCGACACAAAUCAGACCUCUUUUUCAGUGGAGAACAUUCCAAAAGGCAUUCAGAAUAUGGGCAAGACAUUCCUAUCUAAGAUUCAAAUAUUCCCACCGAAAACCAGAUAUAAAAAUUUUAUUUGCUAGACUGGAACAUGGUGAUGGUGAUUACAAUGCAUUUGAUGGUCGAGGAAAGCUUUUAGGACACGCCUUCAAACCUGCUAAUGGUGGAACUCAUUUUGAUGACGACGAACGAUGGACGUUAAAAAGUGGUAACUUUUCAUUUGACCAGAUUCAUUUACCCACAGUGGCACUUCAUGAAAUUGGACAUGCACUUGGGCUCGAACAUAUUUCUCCUCAGAAAGCGGUUAUGGCGCCAUAUUUUACAUCUUUGAAAAUGAAACUAACAUCUGAUGAUAUUGCUCAGUUACGGGAACUUUACGAUCGUAGAAGACCAGCACCAGAAGAACGAAAGCUUAAAGAAACAUUUGUAUCUACCUCACCACCUUCUAAAGAGGAAGUAGACAAUGCAAUAGAUUCUUGCAAGGGGAUUCGUGAUCUUACCACUGUCCCGAAUCGAAAAGGACGUAACGAUCUUCAAAUUUUUACCGGAAACUUAACUUUCCAAGUCAGUUCUUCGGGUAAGAAAAUCAAAGCCACUACGUGGACCUCCAGCAUCUAUAAUGGCGUUCCCGGUGACGCUGAUGCCGCUAGUUUUUACAAAGAAACCGGGAUGCAAUACUUCUUUAAAGGGAAGGAGGUUUGGAAAUUUCACGAACACCGCAUUGCUGCAGGAUUUCCAAAGACUGUAAAAAUGCACAGUGUAUUUGAAACUCCCCGUGCAAGUGUCUCAGUUACACUGUGGCAUUCUACCAGACUCUUUCUAUUUGGGAGUCACACGUACUGGGAAUGGAACCCUAGAACAGAUGAUACCAGAACAACAAAACCUAAGCCUACAUACAGACACUGGCGGGGGCUUCCAGACAACAUAGAUGCGGCCCUCCAAUGGAGAGAUCGUUAUGUCUACUUCUUCAAAGAUGAGAAGUACUAUAAAGUUCAUCCCAGCAGAAAAAUGGUCUUAUACGGGUACCCCAAACCGAUGCCGCCACCAUGGCUAAGAAGAUUUUGUCAAAGUAGAGUUAGUUAAUCAAA